AUGCAGCCUUCCAAAACUAAUAUCUACAGCGGCAGCUUCCCAAAUAACACCGAUGAUCGAAGCGGUGACGGUCAGCAUGACGAAACUCAUGCCAAUUGGCAUCAGCAGCAAAGUCUGAACGUCUCGUCAGCCCCCCUUGCGUUUCUUCAUUCGCCUAUCAUAUUAUCAAGGGGAGACGGUGAUAGCAAUGCUUCCCCUGCUGAACAACGAAGAAAAUGGGUAAUUGAUAUCGUCGACGAAGCGCUUGAUGUAAUCAAUGGAAAAUAUGAUGAUCGCGAAUCGCUCCUCUUCAACUCCUCAAGCGGCCUUUCACCUAAUUUUCCAAAGCAGUAA